AUGCGCCGCCGUUUCGUAUACCUCUUGGUUCAUAGUGUCCUCGCCGUAGCCACUCAGGCACAGGUCGAUCAAAACAAUUCGGCUAUCCCUACCUGGAGCGAUUCGAACGGUUCCAGUUCAACCUCGCCGUCCUCUCACUCGCCGACCGUGUCUCAUGUCGCAGACACUGGAAUCACUCGCCUCGAUCUCUGGCACGACUUCAGAAGACUUACCGAUUCCUGCAGCUCAGAGGAUGCUGCCACACAGAUAGAUCAGAAUACUGCGACAGAUACGGUUGAUCCCUCCGUGAAGACCUCGACGACUAUUGCUACGGAAGUGACGGAAACCGCUGAACCGUUCAUCAGUUUUGAAGACUGGAAGAAGAUCAAACAAGCUGAGGAUGAAGAGCGGGAAUAUGAAGAGGAGGCAGACAUGGCUGUCAGCUCUGUUACUUCGGAAUCAUCGUCGACUGCAGAGGCAGCCCAUCCUCCCACCGAUGUAAUCCCAGGUCAAAACACGUCGCACGACUCUUCCAGAUCUUCCGAACCACCUAUGGUGUCUUCAUCAAAGUCCAAAGGCAAGAACGACCAAAAUACAUCAUCAUCCAGCCAAAGUCAAUCUCAACAACCAUCUGCUUCCCCUCCACCUGCACCACACCAUAAUCGCUACAACUACGCUUCACCUGAUUGUUCAGCCCGUAUACAUUCCUCCUCUCCUCAAACACAGCACGCUUCUUCGCUCUUGCAUAAAUCAAGGGAUAGGUAUAUGCUUACACCAUGCAAAGCGAAGGAACAUUGGGUAGUAGUUGAGCUGUGUGACGAGAUCAGGAUAGAAGCUGUCGAAGUCGCUAUAUGGGAGUUUUUCAGUGGAGUAGUCAGAGAAGUGAGAGUCAGUGUAGGUGGUGAGGAUGAUGAGGAGUUUGAAGAUGACCCUGCAGAUGAUGUCACGGGAAGAAGUGUAAAGUGGAAAGAAGUUGGUUCCUUCGUGGGCAAGAAUGUAAGGGGAGUACAGACAUUCACUCUCUCUCAACCCACAUCCUUUCAUCGAUUUAUCCGCCUUGACUUUCCCACGUUCUAUGGCACGGAGUACUACUGUCCCGUCUCCCAACUGAAAGUUUACGGUAUGAAUCAAAUGGAAGCGUUCAAGUGGGAACAGAAACGACUCAGUGCCGCCUCAAAGGGGAAGAAUGAAGCGAAGGAGAAGGAAGCUGAGGAGAGAAGGGCCAAAGAAAGGGAGGAGAAGGAAAAGAAGGAAAGGGACGAGAAAGAGAAACAACAGGAGAGGGAGAAAGAAUUGGAUGCGCUGGAGAAGCUGUUACACGAACAAGCAGGAAGAGUUGUACCCGAUAUUCUGUCGGAAACAGCUGUCCUGUCGAAGUUGGAAGAAACAUCGGUGACUAAAUCUCAAUCAACGCAAAACCCUUCAACUAGCUCUGCUCAGACAGUGUCCUCAGGCAUCAAUACUACUAUAACAACAAACACAUCGGAUGGGGUCACUUCAGAGGCAAAGCUUCCAGCUAACACUUCCGACACUCCCCUCACCACUCAAACCGCUUCCCCGCCUCCAUCAGUAUCAUCAUCUUCCUCUUCCCCUUCAUCUACCUAUACUCGGAGCUCACCACCUCGAUCGGAUUCUUCCGAAUCCAUCUACGCUUUCAUCAUUCGACGCUUGAACGAUUUAGAGGGAAACUCCACUUUGGUGGCGCGUUAUAUCGAAGAGCAAGCCAAGGUCAUGCGACAUAUGCUUACUCGAGUGGAGAAGGGCUGGGAUGACUGGAAGGGUGAAUGGGAAGGGGAGGAUAGAGGCAGAUGGGAGCAAGAGCGUAUGAGACAGGAAGACAGGCUGGGCAAAGUCAUUUCUCAGCUUGAGCAACAAAGGUCGGCAUUUGAGGACGAACGAAAAACCCUCCAAUCACAGAUGCGUGGCUUAGCCGAAGAGCUUGGCUAUGAACGACGUCGAGGUCUAGCGCAAUUAUUUGUCAUGUUCAUCAUCAUCAUCCUGGGAGUAAUCAGUCGAAGCUCGACAAUCAAUGCCGUACUCAAACCGUUACUCGCCGAAGCCAAGCGACGACGAAGCAUCUAUGGUCGGAAGAGCUUCUCCGGUCCCCUGACGGGAUUACGAAUCGACAUGGGUGCAGGUAGACCCCCAGCCGUGAUAGGAGAAGGUCGACCCAAGAGUCAAUCAGAUAUCAAUGAUAUUCAACAGGAUGUUGACUCACCGACGUCACCCACUCCUACACCUACUUCAGGUAAGAUCCGCUUGCUGGGUAAGAACAAUUCGAUCUCGAAAAGACCUGGUACGCCCAAUUCCAGCUCCAGUGCUGUCCGUCACAGGAGAUUCCCACCUGGAGUCAUAACGAGUUUUCGAUCUGUAUCUGCUACUGAAUCACAUCAGUUAUCUUCUACUUCACCUGUACAUUCAGGAUCAGGUGGUUAUUCCAAUUCUAGCUUUUCGAAUUUGACAAGUCCGAAGCCUAGAGGAUCAUUAUCUUCUGUGGUUAAACAAAACGGAAAUAAUCAUGGACCUUCAAGGAAAUUAGCUAGGAGCUCACAUUUACAUAUGAUUGAUUCGGAUCGUCGUAAAGUCAAAUCACCAACAUCUUCUGGUCCUGGUCGGUCACGGGUUCAAUCGCCAAUCAGUAUGGAUGACGAGGGGAAUUUCGAAACUCCAAAGAAAGGCAGAUCAAGUCAGGUAUUUCAUAAUGGAAUCAUACUUUCUUCUUCACCUCCACCAAAUGAAGUAUCACCUUUCACUGUCAACCCAUCGUCGAAGAUGCCAGAUCAACCGUCCGUUCGAGUUAGUACAGACGAUGGACCGAGUGACUGGGGGACGGACGUAGAGACUGAAGGGAGUGUUUCGGAAGUUGAAUAUGAGAUCGAAGAUACAAACAAGAUAAAAGGAAAUACAUCUUCUGAUACGGUCAGAACGACAGAUGAUGAAGAAAUGGUCAGGGAAUUGUCGGACAUUUGGAACCCACCGUUAAACCACACACAGAAGACGGAUUAA